AUGAGGAGUGCAAAAUCGGUCGGCAGCGCCCUCCUGGCGCCAUCUGAUUGGCCGACGCCCGCCCCUACCCGGCCCUGACCCUAUUCCCACCGGGUGCACCCGAUCUUGGCUACUCACAGGCCGGAGGGGUACCCGAUCUUACUCUCGCCUGCCCGAAAAUGGCUGGGCUAUUCGACCAACAGACCACUAGCAGACCACGCUCACGAACCCACGUCACGAACACCCCGCACUCGAGUUCCGACGCUUGCGACGGCGGGCGGAGGCGGACCUAACACGGCUAACGCGGCGAAACUCUCGUUUGAAGUGGAUCUCUCUCCUGCAAGACUCCUCCUGCAACCCACCGCCGACGGCGGAACUCUCUCGGUUCUCGUUUCUUGUCGGAGAGGGAGGAGAGAGAGAGCCAGGCGGGCGGCGGUGGAUGAAUACCUCUCAAUACCUCACGUGAUCACUUGAGCUGCACACAAACACAUGACGCAGCUCAGAUAUGUCCACGGAAGCAUCAGGCACAGAAGCAUCAGGGUGUCGCUUUCGUCUGGAAUACAUGUAUAGACACAUCAAGACCGGAGAUGUAUGGCACGUUGUUGUGUACGCAGAGGGUCGUUCGUAAACAGCAAUGCAGCAGCUGC